GGCCGUAGAAGAGGCAGCACCACGACUUCCCGAUGAACAACCGAAAGGAAGAUAUGGAAAUCGCGUCCCACUACCGGCACCUGCUCCGCGAGCUCAACGAGCAGAGGCAGCACGGCGUCCUGUGCGACGUCUGCGUGGUGGUGGAGGGCAAGGUCUUCAAGGCGCACAAGAACGUCCUGCUCGGGAGCAGCCGCUACUUCAAGACGCUCUACUGCCAGGUGCAGAAGACGUCCGACCAGGCCACCGUCACCCACCUGGACAUCGUCACGGCCCAGGGCUUCAAGGCCAUCAUCGACUUCAUGUACUCCGCCCACCUGGCCCUCACCAGCAGGAACGUCAUCGAGGUGAUGUCCGCCGCCAGCUUCCUGCAGAUGACGGACAUCGUGCAGGCGUGCCACGACUUCAUCAAGGCCGCGCUGGACAUCAGCAUCAAGUCCGACGCCUGCGACGAGCUCGCGGAGUUCGAGAUGGGGGCCCCGUCCGGCAGCAGCACCGAGGCGCUGAUCUCCGCCGUGAUGGCCGGAAGGAGCAUCUCCCCGUGGCUGGCUCGGCGAACGAGUCCCGCCAACUCCUCCGGAGACUCGGCCAUCGCCAGCUGCCACGAAGGGGGCAGCAGCUACGGGAAGGAGGACCAAGAGCCCAAGGCCGACGGCCCCGACGACGUCUCUUCGCAGUCGCUGUGGCCGGGAGAGGCGGGCUUUGGGCCUUUGCGCAUCAAGGAAGAGCAGAUCUCGCCGUCUCCGUAUGGGGGCAGCGAGCUGCCUUCCGCCAAGGACGGUGCGAUGCAGAACUCCUUCUCGGAGCAGGGUGCCGGGGACGGCUGGCAGCCCACGGGCCGCAGGAAGAACCGGAAGAACAAAGAGACCGUCCGGCACAUCACGCAGCAGGUGGAGGACGACAGCCGGGCCAGCUCCCCGGGCUGCCCCUUCCUGCCAGCGUCGGGGUGGCCCUUCGGCAGCCGAGACUCAAACUGGCGAAUAAUCAAUCAGACGUCCACUGAGUACCAGGCCUAUUCUGUGCUCAGCGGGCAGCAAUAA